CGAAAUGUGCAACAAAAUGUGAAACGAAAUGUGAAGCGAAAUGUGAAGCAAAAUAUGAAGCGAAAUGUGAAGCGAAAUAUGAAGCGAAAUAUGAAGUGAAAUAUGAAGUAAAAUAUGAAACAACCCUCGGGAAACCUGCUGUUAUGUUUUUGCAAACUGACGGUUGUUGUUUUCUCGAGUUCUUUGAUGUUCGCUUGGCAGCGUUACCUCAAAUAGCCCGUCUUUUCUCUCGUAGCUCUUUUGACGGACCAACAAGAGAUACGUGGGAG